GGUCUGCGGUUCGAGUUCAGCAUAAAUGAGACUGCAGCGCUGCCUGUCAGCUGAAAACCCCUGAACGCAGUGAAACUGACGCCUGGAGGAGGUUUAUUUCAGAGUUCAGCAUGACCUCAGAAGUUAACGCUGACGUGGACUUGGAGUUGGGCGAGCUCCUGCAGGAGUUCCAGGAUGUGGUGGAGGAGCUGAAAGCCCCUUCGCAAAGCAAACAUUCCUACCAGAACGUCCUGCACGAGGCCAAGAACCGCACAGGGCUGGGGGAAGACAAUACCGUGGAGGAUUCUGAUUAUGGCAGUGAAGCCUCUAUGGGGAACAGCUUGAAUGCCAGCGAAGAGGAGCUUCACACAGCAGGCUUAACGCUGGCUCCGAAAGCUAAGCUGGGAGACACCAGCGAACUUGAGAGCUUCAUUAACAUGUUGGACCAGGAGCUAGCUGAGAUGUGAAGAGUAAAAGGCAGAAGCCUCGCACCCCACGAGCAGAGAAGCCGGAGCUACAGCCGAACAAACUUGAUGUGGCAAAAACAGGCAAAGUGUUUUACCUUCAGAAAUUAGAUAGAACACUCCAAUUCACCCUUCACCUUACAGGCUGGAAGUGCCACAUCCAGCCUCUGUCCACCCCGAAGCAUCAAGUUCCAGUUAUGUGACACAUUUCUGAAAAUAGACAAAACUUGCAUCUGUCCAUGCCAUGAGAAAACAUUGCCCUGAGUGUGGCCAGAUUGCUCAUGCCACAUUAAAAUUUCCCACAAGCAAAGUGCCAGUCACUGCCCGUCAUGGCCGUGUUUUUUUUUUUAAUGAAAUGAUGGACUUUUUAAUAUAAAAACAACCCUGUAGAUAUUCUGUGUCACUGACAUGCAAAUAUUUCCAGUGUACAGUUAUUGUUAUUAUUUUUACACUUUUGUAAAUAACAAAUAAACACGUAAAUAAAGCUAAAUUACGAUGUUACUUAUAAA